UCUCCAAAGUUAACAUCUUUUUGGAGAGGGCCUUUCGAAGUACAGAAUAAACUGUCUGAUGUUCUUUACACGGUUGCAUGCGGGUCUCGCGGGAAGAACACAGUAAUACAUUGUGAUAGAAUGAGAAGAUGUCAACCUCAGAUCCUUCAGGGAGAAACUGAGAAAGGUCUGGUUGAGAAAGAGGAGGAUCAGAUUGUUGAAGAGCAAUCUCAAGACAAUGUUCUUGUUGCUGAGGGACCUUGCGCAUUAAAAGAAGAAAUUGGCGCAUGCGAAAAUAGUAGACCGCGGCGUACUAAAAACUUACCUAAAUGGCUGCAGGACUAUGAAGUCGAUUACAGCGCUUAGAGCUUUAAAAUUUCAAAGUAGAUAUGUGUAAAUGCUGUGUUCAUUUGAGUUUUUGAAAUUAGAGUAAUUGUAGCAUGUUUGUUUUCUUUUCGUAAUAGAUAAUGGUGAAUACAAAAACAACACCUAGGAUGGAAGGCCAUCGAUGUCCAAUGUGUAAUGUCAGGAUUGCAAAUGAGAGCGAGUGGGAAAAGCAUGUGGUUGAAUGUGGAAGAAAGCGAAGGCAGAAGAAAUUUGAAUGCGCCGAUUGUGACUAUGCCACGAAUAAGAAAAGUGACAUGGGGAGACAUCGCCGCACUCGACAUAAUGAAAUUGUUUCAGUUACGGCUGAUAGCGGCACUGAUGAUUGGGAGCAACUGGACCCAGGGAAUAUGUCGGAUGUAGUUGGAAGUACACCACAGCAGCCCCUGGUUGAAGAAGUUGUCCAAAGAAAGCCGACAAGACCGACUCCUGUUUGCGCGCCAGCAACAAAGUCGAAGGUUUCUCAGGAUCUUCUGACGCCACGCGCUCCUUCCCCGUUUCAACACCCGAUGACCACUCCAAGAAAACGCUCAUCCAUUGAUGCAGAUUUAUCUCCAGUGUCUGUAUUGUCGUCUCGUGAUGCAAAUACACAGACACAGCGUCAACUUGUCGAUGCCAGUACCCAGACCAGAGGGCAGUUCGAAGAUGUGGGUACGCAGACUGAAGGACACAAACGGCGGAAACUGGAUCGAGUGCAGGAGACGUAUCAAAGAGACGGAAAAACAGUUGUUGAAAUUCACGAGGACGAGAAUUGGUUUUAAAGGAAGCGUUUUGGCAUUUGUUGACUGAAAUCUUUUGAAAUCAUAACAUGUUUUUGUGAUCAUAAAACA